AUGUCCCUCCCACCAAUCCUCUACCACCACUUCAAAUCUCCCCUCCCCUACGCCCGCACCCUCGCCCUCCAAGAAUCCAUCCACGCCCACCAACUCGCCCUCCGCCGCUCCUCGCCAACCGCGCAUCCCGACCUCCUACUCCUCCUCGAGCACCGGCCCGUAUACACCGCAGGACGACGACAGACCGAAGACGAAACCGCCGACGAGAGUCUGCGGUUGAGGGGGAUUGGAGCGGACUUUGAGCGCACGCAGCGGGGCGGGCAGUUGACGUUCCACGGACCGGGCCAGCUCGUGGGCUACGGCCUGCUCGAUCUCGGCCGACGCAAUCCGCCCGUUGGGAUACGCGAUUAUAUCUGUCAACUGCAGACCGCUUUGAAGUUGCACUUGAAAGAGGAGCACGGGAUCGAGGCGGGGAAGAGCGAGCAUACGGGCGUGUUUCUGGACGCGAAGACGAAGAUCGCGAGUAUUGGCGUGCAAGUGAGACAUAGGCUUACGACGCACGGGUUCGCGAUGAAUGUUACGAGGGAGCCGGAGGGGUGGUUUGAUGAGGUUGUGGCGUGUGGGUUGGCGGAUGUUAGGGCGGGGAGUAUUGAGGGGGCGACUGGGAAGGGGUUGAGUGUCGCCGGGGAGGUGGAGGGCGUUGUGGGACGGUUGGGGAGGGCUAUGGGGAGGGACUUUGAGAGGUUGGAGGUAAAGGAGGGAGAUGAGCUGGGGGAGAUGAUCUUGGGGUUGGAGAGGCAUGCAGAGGAGUUGGGAGAGUGGCCGAGGGCGCCUUUGCGGCCUGCGAGUUGA